AUGAAAUAUUCAAGCCUCCUCAUUGUAGCUCUACUAAAAAGUACAGCCUACGCUGCCGAUCCAAAUGAGAAGCAGAAUCUCCGCCGCACUGUGGAAAGCCACCCUCUUGAGCACCCAAACAAGGCUCCUCACAAACACCAGCCUCGAGGGGCAAAGUCAUCUGGAACGGUGACAUACUUUACCAUGGGCGGAAAAACUAAUAUGAAGGAAAAGAAAGAAAAGAAAGGAAGUAAUCAUGAUGGUGAUGAUGGAAGAGAAAAUCGCAUUGUCGGUGGUAGCCAAUCUGAUCCUGGCGAAUUCCCCUACUACGUGGAUCUGGGAGGGUGCGGCGGUUCCUUGAUUGCCCCCAACGUUGUCUUGACUGCCGCACAUUGUGGUAGCUAUCAGGGCGAAAGUGUUGUUGUUGGAGCGUAUCGUUAUGAUUCCACCGCCAACAAUGCCGUUCGUGUCUCGGUCUCUGCUGAUAUUCAACACCCAAACUACGAUGACUUUACAACAGCCAACGACUUUCGACUGCUGCGCUUAUCCCAAGAUGUUACCAUUGGUGGUUCGAACGUCGUCCUUUCCAUCAACGAUCAGUCCUCCCGUCCUUCCAAUGGCCAAGACUUGACUGUUUUGGGGCUCGGAACAACCUCGGAAGACGGCAACGACGCAAAUAUUCUCAGAGAUGUCGUGGUUCAAGCAAUACCCACCAGUACUUGCAACCAGCCAAUCAGCUACGGUGGAGAUGUCGAAGACAAUAUGUUCUGUGCUGGAGUGAAUGGAGGAGGCAAGGACAGUUGCCAAGGAGACUCUGGUGGUCCAAUUGUCAUUCGCAAUGGAAACCAGCACGUCCAAGUUGGUGUUGUAUCUUGGGGAGAUGGAUGUGCCCGACCCAACAAGCCAGGAGUCUAUGCCCGAGUGAGCAGCGCAUAUGGUUGGAUUGAACAAGUCGUCUGUGAUCAAUGGAACAUUAAUGCAGACUUUUGUGGCGGAGGUACUCCAACACCACCAAGCCCGACACCACCAAGCCCGACUCCACCAAGUCCAACACCCCCUAGCCCCACACCCCCUAGCCCAACUCCUCCCUCUGGUGGCGGUUGCCCAACUGGAGAGAUGGAAUUUGAUUUCACCAUUCGCACGGAUGAAUAUGGAUGGGAGACUUCUUGGGAAGCUGCCCGAUCCAGCGGUAGCAAGGUCGCAAGCGGAGCCAACUAUGAGUCGAAUCGAACCUACCGCAAGAACAAAUGCAUCCCAGAGGGAUGCUACACAUUGGCCAUCUUUGACGACUAUGGUGACGGACUCGGCUCUGAUGGUAACUACGAGCUAAAAGUCAAUGGCCAAGUUGUCGAGUCCAAGAGCGGCUUCGAUUUUGGAUACGAACGGUCUAUUGAUUUUGGAUCCUGCAGUGGUGGUGGCGAUUCUGGUGGCGGUUCCGGUGGAGGCUCCAGUGGAGGUUCUGGAAGUGGAUCAUCUUGCAUGCCAAUCACAUUGAACCUUCGGACCGAUGACUGGGGCUACGAAACAGACCUAUUCCUGCUAACCGACACGGGAGAACUAGUGUGGAAUGCCAAUGGGUUCGCCGACAACAAGGAUUAUCAAUUCAGUACUUGUUUGGACAGCAGUGAGUGUGCAACUUUGGAUAUCUUCGAUGAGUGGGGAGAUGGUAUUGAAUCUCCAGGAUACAUAAAGCUGGUCGUGGACGGCACAACCUACUUCAAUGGUGGUGAUAUCGGCGGAGGCAUCGUCUUCCGCAUCGGUGGAAGCUGCUAA